AGGGACACGAGCAGUGCAUCAUGACGAACCGGACCGAGCCUUCCGACCCUCCUGAAGCAGCAGAGGACCUCCGACACGCUGGGAGCGGUUCUGCUUCUCAUGUUCAUCACGUUUCAUCUGAUUCCUGAAGCGGCGGGGGGCUCGUGAGGGGAGGGGUGGAGGUUUGUCUACUUCAGUUGUUUCUCCCUCCGGAGGGGAGGGAGGAGGGAGAUGGCCGCGGGUGGAGCAGGAAUAGGGGACACGGUGGAAGAAUGCCGCGCCGAGGUGGAGCGCCUCAGCAGGGAACUGGCAGAGGCCAACCGGGAGAAGGUUCGGGCCGCGGAGUGCGGACUGAUGGUUCUGGAGGAGAAUCAGAACCUGAAGCAGCAGUACGCGGACCUGGAGGCCGAGCAGGAGGCUCUGAGGCUGCAGCUGGAGCAGCUACAGGAGGUGGGCUCAGCAGCGGCAUUCAGCCAGGCGUACUCUACUCAGCGUAAGGUUGCUGAAGAUGGAGAAACCAACGAGGAGACUUUGCUCCAGGAGUCCGCCAUGAAAGAGGCGUACUACAUGGGACGUCUCCUGGAGCUCCAGUCAGAGCUCAAGCACAGCCGGGUCACGACCUCCAACACGCAGGCUCACAAUGAACACCUGAGCACACUGCUGCAGGAGCUCAGGGAGCAGAGCCACCAGGAAUCGGACCUGCAGCGCAGCCGGAUGCAGGCAGAGCUUAAGGAGUACAAGUUUCGUGAGUCUCGACUUCUCCAGGAUUACACAGAGCUGGAGGAGGAGAACAUCUCUCUGCAGAAACUGGUCUCAACGUUAAAACAAAAUCAGGUGGAGUAUGAAGGCCUGAAGCAUCAGAUCAAGGUCCUAGAGGAGGAGAUGGAGCUCCUGAACAGCCAGUUACAGGAUGUGCUGCGCCUGAAGGACAUGGCAGAAGCUCAGCUGGAGGAGGCUCUCCAGGCCCUGAAGAGCGAGCGCGAGCAGAAAAAACACCUGCGCAGAGAGCUGGUCCACCACCUCAGCAUGUGUGAUGUUGCGUACACCGGCAGCGCUCAUUUGAUAUUCAGCUCAGCCCCCCCCAGCGGCUCAGCCACCCCGGCUUCUCUGCUCUCACCAAACACAGACGAGCCCAACAGGUGUAACGGCCACUCACCGCUGGGGCCUGGAGUAGAGAUUGCAGCAGGGCUGGUAUCCAGGACUCACAGAGAACUUGGACCAGAGGGCGGGGCUACUGCAGAUCUCUUUAGUGAGAUAAACACCACAGAGGUUCAGAAGCUCAAGCAGCAGCUGAUGACGGUUGAAUGUGACAAUGUAGCACUGAUGACCCGCCUCCAGGAGUCUCAGACUCAGCUUCAGCACACUCAAGGAGCCCUGAAUGAGCAGCAUGAGAAGGCCCGCCGCCUUAGCCAGAAAGUAACGGCUUUCCAUCAUCUGUAUUUGACGAGGAACCAGGAGGCGCAAAGCAGCGCCACCUCUCCAACCUCUGAGACUCUGAUGGAGCUGGACAGAGCUGAGGAGAAGGACAGGGUAGAGAAUGAAGAGGACAGGAGUGGAGUAGUGAGUAAAAGUCAGGUGUUUUCAUACCAAACUCCUGGUCUGGAAAUCCUGCAGUGUAAAUACCGCGUAGCUGUGACGGAGGUGGUGGAGCUCAAGGCGGAGCUGAAAGCUCUCCGUGAGAAGCUGGCUCAGUGUGGGGAGGAGACAGUCAAAGAAGAGCCAGGAGAGCACACUCAGCUCCAGAAGCUGGAGAGGCAGGUCGUCUCUUUGGAGAAGGUUUGCAAGGAGGAGCAGGAGAUGAUUUCUAACCUGCAGCUGGAGUUGGAAGCAGCUCAGUCAGCUUCCAGUGAGAGCCGGGGGGCUUUAAACGCAGCCCAGGAUGAGCUGGUGACCCUAAGCGAGGAGCUUGCUCAGCUCUACCAUCAUGUCUGCCUGUGCAACAAUGAGACGCCCAACCGCGUCAUGCUGGAUUACUACAGACAAGGCAGAGGGCUAAGGGGCCACAGCGCCAGUCUCAAAGCCAUGCUGUCAGACAACAGCAAGGUUCUCCUUACACCACGUCUGGCCAGGCGGAUGGCUUCUGUCACAUCAGCCUCCUCCUCUCCUGGGGAGUCACGGAGCUCCUCAGAGUCUCCAUCCAAAGAGCCCCUGUCUAAGGAUGUCCAAAAAAAUGAAAAGGAGAUGAACAAGGAGGUACUUCAAGUGCCCUGUGAGCUCAGUGUGCCACCCUGCACGCCUCCUUCCUGUUCACCUUGCAUCAGUGCCUCAUCAUCUUCAUCAUCGUCAUCACCACUGGCCCCGGAGCUUCUUGGGGAGCUACGCAAGGAGCCCAUGAACAUCUACAACCUCAAUGCCAUCAUCAGAGACCAGGUGAAGUAUCUUCAGCGAGCAGUAGACAGGUCCUUACAGCUGUCCAGACAGAGAACGGCAGCCAGGGACAUGGUCCCUCUGCUGGACAAAGACAAAGACAGCUGCAUGGAGGAGAUCAUGAAGCUCAAGUCUUUGCUUAGCACCAAGAGAGAGCAGAUAGCGACACUUAGACUGGUGUUGAAGGCCAACAAACAGACAGCAGAAGUGGCUCUAGCCAACCUGAAGAGUAAAUAUGAGGCAGAGAAAUCAUUGGUGACUGACACCAUGACGAAGCUGAGGAACGAGCUGAAGGCCUUGAAGGAGGAUGCUGCCACCUUCUCUUCUCUCAGAGCCUUGUUUGCCACCAGGUGUGAUGAGUAUGUGACACAGCUGGAUGAGAUGCAGAGACAGCUGGCUGCCGCGGAGGAUGAGAAGAAAACUCUGAACUCUCUCCUCCGAAUGGCCAUCCAACAGAAACUGGCCCUGACCCAGCGCCUGGAGGAUCUGGCUUUUGAUCAAGAGCAGACCCGCUGUUCUCGGGGGGGCAGGGUGAGCCGUGGGAAGACCAGCACCCCCAAAGUAAGUCCCUCGGCCUCCAGUCUAGCCCCGUCCACUCCAGCUGGUGGUCCUUCUGCUGUCCAUCUUACCAGUCCCACAUCAAGUCUAUUUCAUGAUCCUUUUUCUCCUACUGGCCUUCCUGCGGUCAGAACAGCUGUUCUAGCCUCAGCGGUCACUUCGCCUACGUCACUCAAACCCCCUUACAGCCCCUCAUCACCAUCACUACCUGGCCCUCCAGCACCGGAGAGCCCCCCGUCUCUGGAGGCCCCCUCACCGACACCACCCUCCACUCCUCUGAGGCUGGCUCACUCCAAGUGGACCAUGGGAGUUCGAACAUUUGUAGUCGACUCCCACAAUUUCAGUGUCAACAUCUCCCCUCGUAGCUCGGGGCUCUCCAGACACUACACCUCAGACACCCAUGCUUCACCCCCAUGUACCACCAGAUACACCCAUCCAGGGUCUGCACCCUCUUCCCCCUAUCACUCUCCCUUCCUGGGGCUCAGGAACUCUACCUGGAACCCCUCUACCCGACCCCGGCCGCUGUCCAGCAUGAGUCGCUCUUCAGUCCUCUAUACUGCUUCCUCUUCCUCCCCUUACUCCUCAUCCUACUCCCCCGCUCACUCCUACAGCCACUCCUCUGCCUACUACAGUUCAUCCCCCACCUUCACCCCCUCCAGCUCCUACCUCAGCCCCGGCCCGUCCGCCUCCUACAGCCACUCCAGCCACUACACGCCCUUGUAUCCCAGAUACCACAGUCCAUACCGGCCUCGGGAAUGAACCCUCAGCUACACGCCUUUUACUGGCUUUUUCACUCAGCUCCUUACUAAAACUAGAACUGUAGCUUUCUUCUCCUUGUCUUCUGGGACAGAGGAGGCUCCAAGAGAGAAGGACCUAGUGGUUCCUUGUCUCCCACUUCCUGUUUGCCUUGUGCCUACACCUUGGCCAAUCCGUUCUAAAUGUUCACUGACUUUGCUCAGGGAUUUGAUACGUUGAGCACAAGUGGCCCUGCCUUUCUCUUCUUCUACCACUGGUCCAAAGAAGGACAAUGAUAGACUUUUUAAAGAAAGUUUUUAAAAUUUAGGUUCUUCUGGUUGAGACCACGUGUGCAUGAAGGGAUUAAACAUGAAGACAUUGAGUAAACAUGUAUGUUUAAACAUGUUUCUUUGUCUGUAUUAAAUUAAAUAUUCACCUGGUUUUCAGUGGUGGGGAGUUUAUACACCAGCACUACACCAGACACCUUCCAGUAUACGAUUCCUGUUUGUAAGUUUGGAAGCUUUAGUAGGUCUGAUGCAACAUCAUUGAGAGGUUGUGCCUCUUGUAGACCAGAAGAGUUUUCUCGACGAGGUGUGAACGGAAUCCCAGAUUUAGAAGAAGCUGGUAUUUAGAGAUUUAAAAAAAAACAAAUGUAGUCAUAGUAAGAGCUACAGCCAACAUCUAAUGUUCAUUACCUCAAACAUCUUCACUUAAGCUGUUUUUAAGGGUACAACUGCUCAAACGUGGAAGCACAUUUACUAUAUUUCUGUUCUAACUUCUAACCUGGUUGUUGCCUUAGCUUUAAAAAGUUGUUUCGGAUGAUAAAUCUAACAUGUGGUCAAAUCAGGAAUAGUGAGCUGUGACUUUUGGUCAUGGUCCCAUCUAAGAUGCAGACAUUUUGUAGACCAGACUGAGUUCAUUGCAGGAACAUCAUUUAAAGUUUGAAAUGUGCAGAGAGUUGGUCUUCACAUGACGGAAUUGGUUCUUUGAUGGCUUUACACAAUCACAAGUAAAGUUUGGGUAAUUGUUUCACACAAUGCUGAGUAGUGGUGAUGUCACAACUUUUAAACUGUUAAAAAUAUUUAAAAACAAGUUCACUUGUUUUUUCAACAAAUUUGCAGUGGUCUUGUAAGUGACUGCCUUGUAAGUCGACCUCUGUGGGAAAAAAGCUCUGGCACUCCUGUUUUAGGAACUAGAAGUUAGCCAGAGGAGAGGGGAGCACAACACGACAGGUUUAGGAGUCUUAUUUUCUGAUAUUCAAACAUCUCACCUCUGAUUGGCUAAUAGCAACGUGAUGAACACUGACCAUUCGCUUUGUAACGUUUAUGUUUGAUCUGCACAAAUAACACAAGCCUGAAGGAGUUCUGCCAUGUUGUGGAGUUGCUAAUGCUAACGGUUAGCUUCUACUAGCCAAGACAUGCUCUGCUCUCUCCUGGACGCUAAAUCAACAACAGCCUUCCCCGUUGAGAGCCAAGAGGGUUGAGUCCAAUUUUCAGUGUGACGUGCAUUUGACUGGCUUUUCUAAUUUGAGAGCUUCCCCGUCAGUUUUCUAUCAGCAGCUGAUGCAGGAAACAGGUGUAGAAGAUUAUUUUCACCUUUAGCCUGCAUGCUACAUUCAGUGUGACCGAUCAUAUUUCUAAUAUCAUUUAUUUCUAAAACUUAAAUUCGUAAGUGUUAAAGUCAGACACCUAAAUAAAGUUAAUUUAGAGGAUUUCUUAUGCAGAUGUUGGUGAACAUAAAAAUACAGUUUUACAUUCUGCAACAGCACCAGGCUGCCCGAGGAUGUGCCUGACUUUAAAUCGGCUUUAGUAGUAGGACAAAUAUCAGCAGAUGCAGAUGUAUAAAAAACGGCAAAUAUUGGUCUGAUAUAUUGCCAACAAAUAUAAGUCUACCCCUAGUCUACACUGCGCAAUCCUUUCUUUUCCAGUUGAGAACCGUGGAUCUGGAAUUUGGAGUCACAAAUAUUCAUCCCAGCUACAUUACACUGGGCUGUGAUUCUUCUCAUAGAUAUCAUAUAAUAUAUAUGAUGUCUAUGGUAAUUCUCCCCAGAAUGAGAUGCAGCUGUAGCUAGGAGAACCACAUCCUUUGUAAAAAAUAAAAUAAUAACACCCUCCAGCAGCACCUUAGCAAGGGUAACGAACUAGUCCAUGACUCCAUGGUCAUGGUGAAAAAACGCCUGGAGAUCAUGAUCUUUUGUUUGUGAGGACCAUGUCGUUCCACCUGUAGAUCCUGGAGUCUCUUGUUUAAUCAAGAAGGAAGACUAAUCCAGAAAGAGUAAACCAGACAUCUGAGGUCUGCAGGAGGAAGAGUCCUUUCAGGUCCUAUCGCAGUUUGACACUGACAGCUGUUCUCAGUCACCUGUAUCCAGAUCCUCUCCAUGGGCGACUCUUCAGCAUCAGGGUGUGACAGGAAGACCACAGUGGAUCCUGAACUGGCUCAGAUGAUGAUCCCAGACAUUUGCCCAUUACUGACGUAAAAGUCUGAAAGGCCUCUGGUUCAUCCCCCUGACCUCUGUAUUACUACGCUGGUAAAAACUCAUUCUUCAGUAGUUUUAUUGAUCUGUGAUUUAGAAUUUUUUUUUUUUCAAAACCACUGAAAUGAACUUGUUUCAUCUGAAGAGUCACAGAUCUGAUCAGUUCAGCAGAAGAAUGGACGUUAGGCCAGUGGAUCUCUGGAGGACUCAAAUGAUCUUCGUCAACCACAAAAACGUGACCUUGUAGCCUAGCUCUUGUAAAACCCAACACUGUUUCCUGUUGUAACACUAAAUGUUUCACUCAACACACAACUGUCAAUCCACCGAAACCGUCUUUACACCUGGUGUGUUGUUUUACCUGUAAGGUCUUUCUCUUGAUAAAGGACCACAUCCUCA